AUGGAGCGCAUUCUGCGAGGUGUGAUGCGAUACCGGCACUCCACCCGGGAACAGAUGGUACAGGAGUUCCGGAAAGUUCGGGACAACCCACAGCCCAAAGCCGUAUUCUUCACCUGUAUGGACAGCAGGAUGAUUCCGACUCGGUUCACCGAGACACACGUUGGCGACAUGUUUGUGGUGCGAAACGCCGGCAAUCUGGUGCCGCACGCUGAACACUUUCAGGACGAGUAUUUUAGCUGCGAGCCGGCGGCUCUCGAAUUGGGCUGCGUGGUCAACAACAUCAAACACAUAAUCGUGUGCGGCCACAGCGAUUGCAAAGCAAUGAAUCUUCUGUACCAGCUUAAAGAUCCCGAGUUUGCAUCACUGGACAAUCGCCGGAUAUCGCCGUUGCGGGCGUGGCUCUGCGAGCACGCCAACACCAGCUUGGAUAAGUUUCAAAACCUGAAGCAGAUUGGGCUCGAUAAACCGCUGAUCUUUUCGUCCGAGACGCCGCUGCGCAAGUUUGUGGCGUACAUCGAUCCGGAGAACAAUUUCGCGAUAGAGGACAAGCUGUCGCAGGUGAACACGCUGCAGCAGAUCGAGAACAUUGCUUCGUACGGGUUCCUGAAGCGGCGGCUCGAAUCGCACGAUCUGCACAUUCACGCCCUCUGGUUCGACAUCUACACCGGGGACAUUUACUUUUUCAGCCGCAACUCGAAGCGAUUCAUUGCAAUCGACGAAAGUUCCAUCGAGCGAUUGCAGGACGAGGUACGGCGGUACUAUUCGUGAUUCUGUGUUAGACAGUGGGAAGAUAAGGCGCUUAUAAAGUUGCUUCCGGGCACGGGUUUUAUGAUUUGUAACAGAGUUAGUGUCGAUUGUUAUCAGCUUGUUGGCUGGAGGGAGAGAGAAAGAGAAAGGAAAGUUACACAAUGCGUCGUAAGCGGUUAAAGGUGUUCAAAGGCCUUAGAAACUGUGCAAAAGUGAUCGUUCUGUGGCUUACAGAUGUUUAUGCUAUUGUUGCUUUUUACGCUGACUAGAAUGCUUUUUCUACAUACUGUUAUGAGUUAUAUUUUUAUAAUCAAUACACCUUGUUGACACGUGUGGCGUUGGAAGAAGGAUAAAGAAAAUAAUUACUUUUCCAUUUUAAGGUUAGGGAACGCGACAGGAACUAGUUCGCUUUACACAAGAUUGGUGCAAUCAUGAAACAACAUUGCCACACAGCAUGACCGGUCUAAUGCUCUGAGAUUUUAAGCUCCAUUGCUAAACCAAA